ACGCUGACGCUCAUCAAUACCGACUCGCGGUGCCGCCAAGGAGUGAUCACUGCUGGAUAAUGAGCCUAGUUUUCACACCAUGCCAAUGCAGCCUCAUGCAGUGCAUAUUCAGGGGAAAUAACAUACCGUAUAAAUUGGAUCAAGACUCCACGCAGUCCUUUUCUUAAAGUUUCUCUGCGUGUCCCAACAUCGUCUAUAUAAACACGUCUGUCUCAUUCAAUCUCACUGUAAUAUGUUGACCUUGCCUCACUUCACGGUUGCUCUCGCUCUCGCAUCCUCUAUCUUCGGUGUUACUAUUCCUGCAGUACCCUCUCGCCGCUCCGGGGAGCUUUGGGAGGGUCUGGAACACGAAGAAGUAGACCUAAGAGGUCUAGCACCCUCUCGCCGCUCUGGGGAGCUUUGGGAGGGUUUGGAACACGAAGAAGUAGACCUAAGAGGUCUAGCACCCUCUCGCCGCUCUGGGGAGCUUUGGGAGGGUUUGGAACACGAAGAAGUAGACCUAAGAGGUCUAGCACCCUCUCGCCGCUCUGGGGAGCUUUGGGAGGGUUUGGAACACGAAGAAGUAGACCUAAGAGGUCUAGCAUCCUCUCGCCGCUCUGGGGAGCUUUGGGAGGGUUUGGAACACGAAGAAGUAGACCUAAGAGGUCUAGCAUCCUCUCGCCGCUCUGGGGAGCUUUGGUUGGGAGCAGAACAUGAAGCGGUAGACGCAUCUAGCACUCUUGCACUGAUAUGAGGAAGGAGGUUUUCCCUUACAUUGAUGUUUGAGCUAUAACAUGUCGUCCGUGGUUUGGUAUUGGUUGAUCAUGAGCGAGGGGCUCCGUGCUGUUGUAUAUACAGCAUGUGGGUAGCUUGGU